AUGUUACUUCUUGGUCGUGCAGGUAACGUCACCGAAUUUAAUGUUUAUUUUUCAUUCUUUGACUUUGUUGACUUACUGUUUGCAAAUUUUAAAGAUUGUAACUAAAACGUAUCGGUAUUCUUUAGGAAUUUUUGAAAUCGACGAGUCAUACAUGAAGAUGACAGUGUGUCCUUUACAUCGAGAUUUGUAUGGCAUUCGCUGGAGGUGCAACAAGACCAGAUGCUCAAUUCGAAAUGACCUUGCAGCACAUAAAUCUUUAUCCGUCAAAGCUCAAUGUGGACUGACAACUUUAUUAUCAUCUUUUAUUUUUAACAAGACCAAGAUAUUUAUUCCUGUGGGAACAGGUACGAGGUUAAUUUAUUCAAGUACAUCUAUUUCCUGCGUAUAAGGUCGGCAGGAAACGUGAGAGAAGUAUGAGGAUAUUUUACUAUGCAUGCACAAGUAGUGCAGGUUUUGUUUUUAACUGAAUUUCCACGUUUUUUGUAGAAUGAAGAAUUUACUUAUACUAAACUUUUAGCAGCAAUGCCUUUAUUUUACAGGAUAUACAGUAUAAUGUAUACGUUAACUUUUUGCUUGUUUUAGGGAUAUGCAGGAGCUGUAAAGAACAUUUAGCUCAUCUGGCAACAGAAUGGAGAACUAGUAAUUUAGUGUCAACUGACGACGAAUCAAGUAACUGCUUAGAAUUAUCAACAUCUCUGCCGCAGAUUAACGCAGAACAGCCGGUAAUAAGAAACAAUUUUAACUUUAUCACGAGCCAUGAUCCAUGCACUACAUUUUAACAGCUUCUAUUCUUUAUUAGGAAGACAGUAAUACUAGUACGUCAGAUGAACUUGUUGAAGAAAUGGAUAAACUUGUACUUAACGAGACCAGGUGGAGCAUCUUCUCUCCAGACACUGCAAGUACUACAUCAUCAUCAUCUUGUGACGUCACCGAUGUUUCUUCUUCAUUGGUUGCUAGAAGAAAAAAGCUAAACGAAUAUUUGGAAGCCUGUAAUAUUCAUCCUUUGAAAAGACCAAUGUCAGAUUGGAACCAGAUAUCAGAGCGCACACAAGAACGAUACAUCCAAAAAACAUGUGAAAUUGUCUCGUCAGUGUUAAAUGAUAUUUCAUCCACUAAUGCCCCACAUCUUUGGAAAGGGCUUCAAACUUCCGGAAGAAUGAACAAAGCAUUUGGAUUAAGCCAUCAGCCAGCAGAAAAAGCUUAUUUAGAAGCCUUAGCCGAAGCGUAUAAAACCGCAGAUAGCUGGGAUACUCGGCGCCAAGUCUUAUCUACCAUGUCCGAUGUGGCUAAUUUUAAUGUCAUUUCAGAAUAUAUUCCUGGUCUCACACACUACCGUUUUACUAUGGCUAAUUUUCAUCGACUUCAGUAUGGAAGGUGCGUUCCAGUUCCGUUAAAGACAUCGCCUCGUCUUCGUAUAUGUCAGCAACAGCUUGACCAUUUUCUGAGCUUUAUAACAAGCCCCCAUUUAGUGCAAGACUUGCUGUUUGGUGAAAAAGAAUUGAAGAUGUCCUCAGGUAAAACAAUUAAAGUACCGAACAUCAUCUGUACCAUGAUACCUCAAAGAAUUGUGAACCAAUACUCUCAGUACUGCAAAGAAAACAAUUUUCAAUCUUUCAGUAAGAGCACAAUGUUAAGAGUACUAGACGAAUGUAGUGCAACCCAUCGUAAAUCUCUUCAAGGUCUCGACAACUUUGCUGCUCAAGGUGGGCGAUCCUUUGAUGACUUGGGCACCGUUGUGCUGACUAUCUCACCUUUAAAGAAAGAUGGCGAAAAUUGGGCAGCAGAAAUGCAAGAGGCUUUGAAAGUGGGAAAGCUUUAUCUAAAAGGAGAUUACAAGGUAACAAACCAAUUAAACAAGGCAAAAUCAUUAAAUAUGUUCUUCGUAUUUAUAUAUUUUACAAACCUGGUAUGAAAUUUAUUACAUUAAUAUUAAUAUUAUAUCUCAACAUAAUUUUUCCUGAAUGCAGUAGGCACUUUACAGUACAGUACAGUACAGUACAGUACAGUACAUUGUCGAGCAUUUGUUUUAUGUGCCAUGUUUUAGUUCUCAUUUUUGCGUUCUAUUUUAAGGUGCACGUCAGUGACAACGCUCGUGCCCUACCAUUGCUAUAUGUACGCGUUAAGCGACAUCACAGAUAAAGAUUUCAAAUACAAGUGCAAACAUAAACAUGACGAAAGGUGCGAGCAGUGUGAAAGUCUUGACUUAACGCUAAAGAACAUAGAACAAGCAAUCGACGAGUGCACUUUUUCCUCGGAGGAAGAAAGAGACGAAACCCUGUAUCUAUUAACAUCUGCAGUGAGAGCCAUCAACUUGUGGAAAGGCCAUCAACUUCGAAGUGUUCGACAAGACGAGAAGACAGUGUACAUAGUGAAUGACUGGGCAAUGAAGUUCCUUCCCCAUCAAUACCGCGAAUCACAGUCAGAUUGGUUUGGGAAAAAGGGAAUCUCCUGGCAUAUCUCUGUCGUUUUUCGAAAAUCGAAUGGCCAAUUAGAGUCUCAAGGCUUCAUUCAUAUCAUUGAAUCUUGUAGCCAGGACAGUGCUGCCAUUGUGUUAAUCAUGCAGCAUGUCCUAAAGACCUUGGAAACCGAGAAUCCGAAAUUGAAGAGAGCAUUUUUCCUCCAAGACAAUGCCGGAUGUUAUCACUCAGCCAGCACAAUUCUUGCAUGCCAUCACAUCGCCAAGACAACAGGAAUAAAGAUUUCAAGGAUUGAUUUCAGCGAUCCGAAGGGUCAGCUGACCGUCUUGCCGCUACUUGCAAGUGCCAUAUCAGAUUGUUUGUAA